UUGAGAUAGCGUUCUGUGAAUUGGAUUCAGUCUGUGCAUUGGAUUCAUAUUUGAAAAGAAGCUGUUGCAGUUGCGGAAUAUCUGAAGGUGAAAUAUGACUCUUUAACGCUUCUUGUGUGUCAUCUAUAUCUUCCACGGAAUGUUGAAGACUGAUUGGUUUAAAUUUUGACAGUAGCAGAGGUUUUAUCGAGGAUAACGACAUAUUUGAGGAAAAAGAACUGUCAAUAGACCUCUGUAAGGACAGAUCUUACACCACAAUUUUGAAAACGUCCUGGAAGAGUAGUAGAGACCCGAACAAUUCAACCUUGACAUUGUCUUCUUCAUCAUACGAUUGUGCCCGACAGUGAAAUCGAGAAGACAGAUUCAAAAUGGCGCGCAGACAAUCCAUCUUACGUAAUGAACUGCCGGGGAUACCCAGUCCCCACCCCGGGGAUGACAGAAGGAAGAGUCUGUUCCCCAUCCUCCCCAAUCACAGACGCAGCAGCGUGGCUGGAGGAGUUGCUGGGUUUUUGGCCGCGAGGAAGUUCAAGAAGAUGGGGAAAACGGAAGGUUCCCCCAGCCAAGCCCAGGUUAACUAUGAGCCCACGUACAGAAUGGAGCCCAAGGUCAAGUUCACCGUGUUCACUGUCCACAGUAUGUUGAAGGAGAUUCUGGAUGAGAGGUUGAACGGGUUCAGUUACAACCCCAAGUUCUGCGUGACUAUGACUCAGGUGCUGACUGACGAGAUCAAGGACCGCAUGAAGCAGAUGAGCUGGGACCGGUACAAGCUGGUGGUGGUGGUCAUGCUCGGGGAGAGGAAGGACCAGGACGUCAUGGUCACCAGCAGGUGCGCCUGGGACCCCAAGGUGGACAGCUUCGCCACCUACACCUUCACGAACAAGACCCUGUUCUGUACAGCUUCCGCUUACGGUAUCUACACGGAAUAGAGUAGGCAACUGCUGAUGUCAUCUGUUUGCUGCAGACUGAGGACAAUACGACAAUAUCUGCCACUAUCUGGGUAGCAUGAUACAUUAAGUCAUCGGGUGUAGAAAAAGAGGCAGAUGUUUGUAAAUGUGUAUGUUAAUGUGUACGAGGGCAGCCCGUCGUAUCUAAACAUAUGUUCAGUAUACUGGUGACACUGGU